GCGAGCGGCUCCAGGGACUAUCAGUAGCGCGGAGGCUGCGACAGACGGCGGAAGGUUUCUGCUUCAUUUCGGCGCCGUGAAGAAGAAAACAUUUGCAAUCUGAGGAUCUGCCAGAUUUCCGCUCGUAGCUACACAGUCUGCUGCUGUCUGGAUGGACUGACGGGAAUUGCAUGCAGCGUAUUUUGAAAGGAACAUCCGUCUCCAGACCAGCCGUCGGCCCCGUCCCGUCCCUCCGAAACAAUGAACUCCUCGCCUCAUACCUCCCGCGCCUCCAUCGACAUCCUGGAGGAACUCCAGCUGAUUGCUGCACAGAACCUGGAGAAACUGGACAUCAACAAAUACUAUGAGGUCGUCUGUGAACUGGGCAAGGGCACCUAUGGGAAGGUGGACUUGGUCAUCCAUAAAAUCAGAGGCACAAAAAUGGCCUUGAAAUUUCUGAGGAAGAAGACCACCAAGCUGAAGAGCUUCCUGAGAGAGUACAGCAUCUCCCUUUACUUGUCGCCCUGUCCUUUCAUCAUCAACAUGUACGGCAUCGCCUUUGAAACCGACGAGUACUACAUCUUCGCUCAGGAGUACGCUCUGGCGGGAGAUCUGUUUGACAUCAUCCCCCCACAGGUGGGACUUCCUGAGGCUGUGGCCAAGCGUUGCGUCCAUCAGGUGGCCAUCGCCCUGGACUACCUGCACUGUAAGAAGCUGGUCCACAGAGACAUCAAACCUGAGAACAUCCUCAUUUUUGACAAAGAGUGCCGGAAGGUCAAGCUGUCAGACUUUGGCAUGACGCGGCGAGCCGGCUCUCCAGUGAAGCGUGUGAGCGGAACAAUCCCAUACACGGCGCCCGAGCUAUGCGACACUUCGCGUCACGAGGGCUUCUGCGUGGACUACAGCACGGACGUGUGGGCAUUCGGUGUGCUGCUCUUCUGCAUGCUGACGGGAAACUUCCCCUGGGAGAAGGCCAUGCCUAACGACGCCUUCUAUGAGGAGUUUGUGCGCUGGCAGCGUCGCCGGACAGGGACGGUGCCGUCACAGUGGCGCCGCUUCACAGACGACGCUCUACGGAUGUUUCGUAGGCUCCUCUCCAUCGAGCAGGAGCGCCGCUGCUCUGUCAAAGAAGUCUUCAGCUACUUCAACCAGUGCUGGAUGUUGGACGUGGAGAACGGCAACAGCAGCAAUAGCGGCGGCGGUGGGGGCUUGGCGAGCGGCGCACCUCCUCUGGACAUCAGCUCGUCCUCGUCAGAAGAGGACGUGUUAGUGGACAGACUGAAGCAGCAGAGCCUGUCGCCCGCGUGUAUGGUGGCGAAGGGAAACAUCAUGAUGGACACCCACUACUCCUCCAUGUCCACUAACAGCUCACCAUCCUCCACCGGCAGCUACGAGCGGGUCAACAGAGAAAACAACGAAAGAGGACGCAUCCUGGUGGCCACACCCAUCGAGAUCUGUGUGUAAAGGUGGCUGACGCUGCGUUUCGGGCCGCCUGUUCCCACGUGGAAGGCUGAUGUGAGCUGAAGAGGGUUUCUCCAAGGAUGACGAAGAGGAGAAAAGUGAGGAAGAAGGAAAGCGUGACGGCUAAUACUUGGCGUCAAGAAAAGUUCAACAGUCUGACAUGUUGUAGCUUCACUGUGCGUUCACCCAUUUCUGAUGAAGAUGAACUCUGAGGAAAUGACCAGUGGGACAAACACUGUGUGAGUUAUACUUCACUGAAAUGACACAUGAACUCACUGGACAGCAUGUAAAGUAACAACAUGAAGGGGGAAGAAAAAAAAACCAAUCACAGUCAACUAGCAAUACCAGAAAAAUAAUCUGUGAAGAAAAAGAUCAGAUUUGUGACUGACGGUACUGUUGUGCGUUUACUGUCGUGUAGCCUUUUCAUGUUUGGUAUAUAUGUUUCUGUAAAGUCAGUUUUUCCUUAGUUUUUCUUCUUAGUUUUAAAGUUAAAUUAUUUAUUUAUGUCACAUACAUAUUUAUGAUUUGUUUUAUCAAGCGGCACCAGAGACCUUUUGUUUCACUCGAAGUGUAGAAGCAGGUGAUUUUGACUUUAACAGAAGUACGUUUUCAUUACAGGUUUGUCAUCAUGUUGUUGUGAUCUCCUAUAGUUAGACUGUUUUCUUACCUGAAAUGUCCUCUUCAUGUUUGCCUGUGAUGCCUAAACCCACUUGUACAGUAGCAACCAACAAUAUGAACGGCUGAAAAUGCAGCUCAAGGUCAGCAUAAGACUGAGUGUCUCCAGCCAGUCCUCCCAUUAAGCUGCAGUAUACUGGGACCACAACUGAAUUCAACUGCAGCCGUUGCCUUUAAGGUAACGAUUUAUCACAUCAGCUUGGUGAUAUGACAGAUGGGAGAAAAUAAAAAAAGUGUCAAAUUAUCCUCAUUGUUCAACUUGCAUGGUGAGUAGAUAAAAUAGAAAUUUAAUCUUUUAACUUAAUUAUCAUGACUUAUUUGGACAUGUUUUCUGAAAAAUAGUUAAGAUCCAAGAAAUGUAUGUUGAUUUAAUUGUCUUUCAAUACAAGAAAAAACGAAAUGUAGUAUGUGUGAAUACUACCUGCACUCUCAGCUUUUUGUUCAAGUUUUUUUGCUGUAAAAUUCAUGACAAAGUUCAAACCUGAAAAUACAAGACAGGAUGGAUGAAUGUAGAAAACAAACAACUUGGAUUUGGGGAUUAAAAUGUUUCAGCACUUACUCUCAAGUGUUUUUUAAGUAUUGCAUGAUGUAUUACUGUGGUGAAAAUUUGUUGAAAUAAAAUACUGAAAAU